CUGUCCUCCACAAACACAAACACAACCACAGCCACAACCGGCUCAUCCAACACCACCCUAAUCCCCAUCUUCGACGUCGAAACAACCGGCACCCCCACACCAACGACCUUCAGCGGCUACGCAGGAAGCAUCCUCAGCGUGAACGCCGACGCCACCACCAUCAUCGUCUCCUGCACCGUCGCCGCCUGCAGCAUCGCCACCCCCUACACCUUGAUCCAAGGCCCGUCCACGUUCUCCAUGAGCCAGGCCGUCUCCAGUGAGUCACUGGGCGUGGAGGUCUGGAUGACCAUCACGGAAGAAUGCCACAUCACGGCCUCGACGUCCGCCGUGUGCUCGAAUUUGGCGCGCAUGAAGGUGAGUGCCUACGGUGAGGAGCAGACCACUAAAACCGCCUAUGUGGUCACCGCGACGGGCACCCAGAUUUAUGCCGAUGUCUUGGUUGUUACGGGCGGGAUUGAGAAGUUGAAUUCCCCGCAGGCGACGGAGAGUGCCGGUGCUGCUGCU